AUGAGCGCUAUUAUGGCUGCAAACCGCCUUAUCUCUCCUCAUUUUACCAGGACUUUGGCAGAGUUUGGCAUCUUUAAGUACCGUUACAAAAAUGAACCGAUUGUUAAGUGCCUACACACUUGUCUGCAGCCCAGUAUGUCUCUCGUACCUAUGGUACUGGACGAAACUACCCGCGGGGAGCGAGCAUUUGACAUAUAUUCCAGGCUGUUAAAAGAUCGUAUCAUUUGUCUUAUGGGAGCAAUCAGUGAUCAGAUGGCUGGCAUAGUGAUUGCUGAGCUGUUAUAUCUACAGUCAGAAGACAAAAAGGCCCCUAUUCACAUUUAUAUCAACACCCCUGGAGGAGUUGUUACUGCUGGCUUGGCAAUAUACGACACUAUGCAGUUCAUCAGACCUCCUGUUGCUACUUGGUGCGUUGGUCAGGCUAGUAGCAUGGGUUCAUUGUUGCUGGCUGCUGGAGCCCCUGGCUUAAGAUUUGCUCUUCCACAUUCUCGAAUAAUGGUGCAUCAGCCAUCCGGUUCCGCUCAUGGUCAGGCUUCGGAUAUUCAAAUUCAGGCUGAGGAAAUUAUAAAAAUGCGUCUGAUGCUUAACGCUAUUUACGGUCGGCAUACAAAGCAGCCACAAGAAGUGAUAGAGAAAUGGAUGGAUCGUGAUUACUUUAUGACUGCAGAAGAAGCUGUUUCUUGUGGAAUAAUUGACACGGUUUUGCAUGAAGCUUCUGCAUUCUAA